AUGGCGGGCAGCGAGGUGGCGAGUGAGGGGCCGACGCGAAGGGGCGGCGCGACUCGGACACCCGGGCCCCCCGGCGGGCUGCGCGGCCAGGCGGCCGCCCGCUGCCCGGAGCCGCUGUCCGCUCCUGAAGCUCCGGCCGAGCGCGGCGCGCUGCCCGCCUGGAUGCGCCUCUACUUCUACGGGAUGCACGGCAUCACCCUGGACGUGCUGGUGUCCUCCGCCAGGCGCUUCGCCCGCAGCCUGGAUCUGCGGAUGCUGGGCUUCUCUUCGCCCUACCGCUGCCUCCUGCACUCGCUCACCCACUUCGCCCUGGAGCAGCUCUACCUGCAGCGGCCGCGCUGCCCCAGCGCCUUCCUCUUCAAUUUCCUGCUCUACCCCUCCGCGCACGUGGGGCUGCAGACCCUGGCCGGCCAGGCGCUGCUGCUGAGCCUGGGCGGCGGGCAGGGGGGCGCGGCGGCGCCGGGGGCGCUCGACCUGGCGCUGCAGUACGUGCUGGCGCUCUACCACGGCCAAGUGUUCCUGAAGCGCUUCCUGCGUUUGCGGUACCCGCGGCGGCGCGAGCAGCGCACCAGGGACCCGCUACCCGCAGCCCCGGACUCCCGGAUCCUUUUGGAGGCUGGCGAUCAGGGACGAGGACCCUGUGGCCCAAGGGGCACAGAGGGAACCCCGAGCCAGGGGCUGCCCGACCUCCUCCGCUUCCUUUUCUUCGGAAUGCAUGGCUUUCUGGAUGAGAUCUUCUUCACCUUCUUCUUCAACGUUCUGGGGCAGGGGGACGGGGCUAGCAGCGGCCACACUUCGCUCUGGUCUUUCUUCAUGUACGGCAGCUGUAGUUUCGUGGUGGAGAAACUCUACUUCCACCUGCACUACAGCCGUGGCUGGGGCACGUGGAAGCGGGUCCCCAUCUACGUGAUCUUCAUCUAUGCGUGGGAGUUUUCCUGGGGUCUGGGACUUCGCAUGUGCGGGGCCUGUUCCUGGGACUAUUCUCACUAUCCACUUAACUUCAUGGGCCUCAUCACGUUGAUGUAUUUACCUGGCUGGCUGUUUCUUAGUGUGUACCAGGACCUAUUGUCCAACGUGUUGUGGCGAGUACAGUACGUCCCAACGAACUAAGAUUGAGGAGAGAGAGAAAGAGAGAGAGAGGAAGUCUUAGAACCUGAAAAGAAAAAAAAAAAGGAUGCAAUUUAUUUUUACACAGUUUAAACAAGGCGGUUUUGUUCUCAGUCUUUGGUUUUUAUACACUUUACUAAACUCUUCCAACAUGUUCUACUUGACAUGUUAGUUUCACGGACUGUUUGGAUCUGUACGUAAAGUUCAGUACUUUGAAAUGCUACCCAACAAUAACUCAAAAUAUGUAACUCAUCGAUAGUUUAAACCUUUACGAGGCCAAACAGCAAAACCACUCUACCUUAACAUAGGAAACGGGUAGUAUCCACUUAACCUCAAUGAGUAGUAGCUUUUGUAUUUCUGUUCUUCUAUGGAAGUUUUCAGAUCAGAGAACAGUGACUUUUACAAGUUUAUGGCAUAAUGGUCUGUUUACUUUCUUUUUAAUGCGAUUUCGUAUUACUUUCUUGCCAUGUUUACCAAAAGUGGCUGGAACGACAUGUCUUGUACUUCCGAGCUCUUAAGUCUCAAGCCCACAGCUCUUAAAGUGCCUCUGUCCAGCAUGUAAGUGAGAGGGAGCUGGCAAGCGUGGAAACAACCGAUGAACACAUUUUGACAUGAGAAGUCUUUUCUGUCAACUCCCACAGGUGACACUCGGUUAAUAUAUUUGGUAACUGUCUUGGAAAUGAUGCUUUCCAGUGUUGGCUAGCCUUAAACUGUGUGUGUUAGCGUUAAUCAGACCAUGUGUCAUCUAAACUUUUUAACUGUGCGAUAACUUAAUUGUUUACCUUACAAGUCCCAGGGCCAGGUGAAAUUAUACCACCCCCAAUGGUGUUCUAACUCUAAGAACCCCUUUUCUACAUAGAGCAUCAGAAAUAGAAACAAAACCUUGGAAUAAAAUGAAUCUGAAUUCUCCCUCUAAUUACAUUAAGCCUCCUUAUUUUCUCUAUUCACUGAUAUGUUUUCCACCAUAGUUCUCCCAGAGUUCACUUUUCUUUUCCUCCCAGGCCCAGGCCAAUGCAGUAAUGUACCGUAUAAAUCCAUGAUGGCCUUUGACAGCUUAUGAUUAAUUAAUGUCUACAAUCUCCAAAGUUAAAUGAGAUGAUGAAAGCCAUUCUAAGAAAUUAUAUCUAAUUGAUUAAUAAUGUACUCUGAGGGUGUUUGUUGUUUGAUUUUAUUUAGAAGAGCAAGUAGGCCGAGUGUGGCUCAGCCAAGAAUGACUAAUAACCUCUCAGCUUUCAGUACAAAGAUAAUUAGAAUGUGUAUUAAUGAGUUUGAGUCUUCCACUUGCCUGUGCUGUAAAAAGGAAUGUUUCUGUUUCUAAA